AUGUCUACCCCCAUGAAUUCCAGAUCACGUUCGCACUCUACGAGUCCUGGGAAGUCGGUAGUCAUGCCCUCACCUUUAUCAAUCCGAAGUGUUGAGGGCUUGAAGACAGGAUCCAGACUUCAGCCCUGUGCUGCAACACCAACAUUCGUACUGUUCGCCCAGGGCACUUCGAUACUGUGUCUGCUGUACGACUCGCUGGCGCUGGAGAGAAGGUUUGAAGGGCAUGUGGAGGAUAUUACAUUGAUAGUUGCCGACAACACCAGCGAAGAUGGUGUGGGGAGGAUAGUUAGUGUGGACGCUUCGAAGCAAGCAAUUGUUUGGGACUCGCAUACGGGUGAUGAACUCGCUCGGUACAAUGCAUUUGAGGAGAUCAAGGUGGCAGCGUGGAUGAAAAAUGGGAAUUUAGCAUUCGGCGACUCUAUGGGGAAUGUGAUAUUAUUUGACCCAUUAACUUCGGAAUCGAUAUCUGCCAGAACAAUAUAUGAUCCAUUGUGCUCCAUCGCGCCUGGUGCAGAUUGCAAGACUUUUGCCUUAGGCUACACCAAUGGCUCUGUUCUGAUUGCUGCGUUAUCCCCUUCCUUUAUCAUCUUGCAUACUCUCACCACUACUUCGCUGCAACCUUCACCCAUCGCUACUCUGGCAUGGCAUGCAUCUUCGUCUCGUCAAAAGUCUGACAUGCUUGCGACACAGACGAGGGAUGGGGAUCUUAGGGUUUGGAGUGUGCCAAAGUCAUUAGAUGCCGAAGAGGGUGCACGGGUGGUCCGCAUUCUGAAAAAGCCCGACAGCAAUAGAAAGGGUGAUAAUUGGAUGGGCUGGUCACGUAACGGCAGAAUCGUGCAAUAUUCGGAAGGCGAAACAACUGUCUGGGAUGUUCGAACUAAAAAGGUUACCUGGGAACGAGUAGGCACUUUGGAUAAUGUCUGCGGAAUUACAGUAUUUGGACCGAAGGGUGUGCUUUUCACUUUGGGAAAGGAUGACACCGUUCAGCAGUUUGCACUGUACCCGCCUGCUCUUUUGGCAAACGUUCAGCAUAUUCCUACCGUCCCUCCUCCUUCGCCGCCAGUAUCGAUCGAGGAGAAGAAGGUCGUGGAAGAGGAGCAAUACGAGGGGGUGUUCCAACACCCCUUCAGCAGGGAGGAAGAUGAAUACCUUAGGGCUACUAUGUCGCCACUCGGGCGCAUAGCUCAUGAAUUGGAACAAUUGGAGAAGAUGGAGGAUGAGACUGGGCUUGGAAUCACAAAUCUUGCGAAUGUUUCGCCACAACCGCGAACUGGCUCAUUUAGCACGCGAUCUUCGGGUGGGGCCACUAGCGGAGGUCAUCAGCAUAAUGUUUCAACAUCAUCAAAGGGCACUCAGCGCUCGAGUGGCGACAGCGAGUUCUCACAAGCGACCUCAGUCUCUACAGGCCGUAAAAACUCAUUCGGUUCUACAGGUGCACCCAUGCCUUCCCCUUCGCGCCUCCCCCAUCCUCUUCGGCAGGAAAUCCACCAAAGCCCGGAUGAGGCGAAGACGGCUACCCCGCCUCGGGAUAUCGAUUUAUUUGCCGGUUUGAGGGCGAGACUCGCAUCUGUUACGUAUCAAAGCCCACGGAUCGGAUCGCCGAAAAGUAACAUGUCGGAAGAUGAUCACCGCCAGGAAAUGCUUUUUUGCAUCUUUGGAUGGAAGGGCGACAUCGAACACUUGAUCCAAGAUCAACGUGCGUUUCAUCCCAUGUUUCACCGCAUGAGUGCCGUAAUCCUGCGCAUGUGGCUGGGUGACCUGGAUCAGAAUUCGCUAUCUGUGUUACUAGGCGCCGAUUUUUUCGUUCCCGGGGACUGGGUGUUCCUUGCUUUAAGCGCGAUGGAUGGACAAAAAUCUUGGAAUCAUGUUGUGCGAGCAUUCGUGAUGCGCCUGCUACAGAAAGGAGAACUGCAUACUGCUGUUUUAUGUCUGUUAGCCCUUGGUGACAAGAGUGAUGCGGUAGAGGUUUACGUCUCGCAUAAGAAAUAUAUGUAA